AUGGCCAUAGACAAGGUAAAAGGGUUCUGGACUGAUGCCGAGGUGGACCGGCGCAUCGUCACAGGCUUACUUUGUGGUUCGGUCACUGCCAUCUUGGUGCUAAGAUGGAUGAAGCAAAGACAGGUCCAGAAGAAACUCGAGGAGGCCAAGAGGAGACGGGAGCUUGGCUUUCAACGGAUGGAGAAGGCAGCGAGGCAGUUCCAACAGCAAAAUCCAGGAGUGAAAGCUGCUCCAAUCCUAUCUCUUCCUCUUGUGGAACUGAUUGGCAAGUUGAAAGAUGGUUCCUUGACUCCAGAAAGUGUCCUGUACACCUACAUGGAAAAGGCCUUAGAAGUAACCCAGCAAAUCAACUGUGUGACAGACUUCCUCCCAGAGUGUGAGGAACAGCUCUGCGAAGUGAAAAAAAGGGAGAAAGGAUUGCUUUAUGGAGUCCCUGUCAGCAUCAAGGAAGAUGUUGCUUGCAAGGGUUACCCAAAUACACUUGGCUUGGUGAAAUUUCUGGACCACCCUGAGCAUGAUGACUCUGUAAUAGUCAAGGUUUUAAAGAAACAAGGAGCAAUUCCAUUUGUAAGGACCAACAUUUCACAGGCCAUAUUAAACAUUGACUGUGGCAAUACUCUCUUCGGACAAACCUUGAAUCCCUUCAACCACAAGAAAACCUCUGGAGGCUCCAGCGGAGGGGAAGCAGCCCUUAUUGGAGGAGGAGGAUCGAUUCUGGGGAUUGGGACAGAUGUGGCUGCGAGUAUUCGGGUGCCAUGUGGCUUUUGUGGGAUCUGUGGGUUCAAACCAACUGGCUAUAGGCUGAGCGUCAAAGGUGCUACCACUCCUGUAGCUGGAAUGAACUCAGUCAUCUCUGUGACAGGCCCCAUGGCCAGAGAUGUGGACAGUCUGGCUCUGUGCAUGAGGGCUCUCCUGUGUGACGAGAUGUUCAAUCUGGAUCUGGCUGUGCCCCCCCUUCCCUUCAAUGAGGAGAUUUACUCUAGUUCCAGACCCCUUAGGAUUGGAUACUAUGAUGAUGAUGGUUAUUUCCAGCCAUCUCCCAGCAUGAAACGGGCUGUGCAGGAAACCAGAAAACUCCUACAGGAUGCUGGGCAUACACUUAUACCCUUUACUCCUCCUCGAAUUGAUUUUCUGGUAGAUGAGCUGUUUACCAAAGGUCUCUAUGCUGAUGGAAGUUCCACUUUAGUGGAAAAGUUUGAUGGAGAGCUGGUGGAUGCCACUUGGACAAACCAGAUACGCUGUUGCCGCAUGCCAAACCUACUGAAGAGGAUCUUGGCUCUCAUUUUAAUGCCUGUGCUUCCACGAAUCUCCCGACAUUUGCAUGCCCUCCUUGGUGUAGGGUCAGUGAAAAACUUCUGGAAGAACAAUGUUGACCGAAGGGCUUACUGUGAUGAAUUCAUUGCUGAAUGGAGGAAGCUGAAGCUGGAUGUUGUGCUUUGCCCUGCCUUGGGACCAGCCUUUAAUCUAGGAUACGCAGGCAAACUAUUUGUUGCCACAACUUAUACCCAUCUGUACAACGUCUUGAAUUUUCCUGCUGGAGUCGUACCAGUGACUACAGUCACUCAGGCAGAUGAGGAGGAGUUGAAACUUUACAAAGGACAUUAUGGAGACCCCUGGGAUAAAAGAAUGAAGGAGGCUGUGGAGGGUGCAGUGGGGCUCCCAGUGGCCGUCCAAUGUGUGGCCUUGCCGUGGCAGGAGGAACUGUGCCUGCGGUUCAUGAAGGAAGUAGAGACACUCUCCCGUGAGAGGAGGGGGAGGAGGAAGAUCUGA